CUCUGAAUAAUAAUAUUUUCUGUAAUCAAUAUGCUUCAAGAUUAUCUCUUAAAACAUCACACAAAAGAUUUGGAAGAAAUAUUAAAUGCUACACAAGAUCAUGUGUUCUAUUCAAUACAAGUAAAUUUUGUAUCGUUAUUUGAAGCUGAUGUGGAGAAUGCACAGAAAAUCUUACGCAAUCCUAGACAUUAUUUACCAUUGUGCGAUGAAGCAGCGGUAAAAGCUCAGGAACAAUUAUGUAAAACAGAUCAAACAGUAAAGACCAGAGUUCAUGUUAGAAUUGCUGCAGUACCAAUAAAAAUCGACACAGGCCAAAUUGGUCAACUAGUUUCAACCUCUGGAAUAGUGGUUCGCAUGUCUCAACCUACAAUUAUGAAGAUAAAAAAACGUUUUAUCUGUAAAAAGUGUGAACAUAUCAGUAUAGUUAAGUUAGAGUGGGAAAGGCAAUUGUUUAGAAAUAUCAAAUGUUGUGAAGCAUGUAAUUCGCCAAAUAUAACAACUUUAACAUCUUUAGAACAAGAUGAUUGUUCAGAUUACCAAGAAAUAAAAAUUCAGGACAAAUGUAAAAUAGAUACGAGAAGCUGUUAUUCAGUGGGUCUACAAGUAAUUCUGUUAGAUGAUUUGACCGACAAAUGUAGACCUGGUGAUAAUGUAGACAUCAGUGGAGUAGUUAUUCGAAAAUGGAGUACAUUAAAAGUUGGCCAUCGCGCAGAAGCCACAACAUUUUUAAUGGCCAACAACAUCUCGAUACGCAGAAAAAUCUCAGAAGCAACGUUUUCUACUGCUGAAAUAAAAGAUACUUUUACAGCAUAUUGGGAACAUUAUAAAGAUAAUGCAUUAAUUGGUAGAGACAAUAUUCUUGCCUCUAUUUGUCCUCAGCUAUAUGGAAUGUAUAUUGCAAAAUUAGCAUUGGCUGUUAUUUUGUGUGGUGGAGUAGCAAAAACCAAUGAAACGGGAACACGUAUAAGAGGUGAACCACAUCUCCUUUUGGUUGGAGAUCCUGGAACUGGUAAAUCACAAUUGCUUCAUAUUGCGUCUCGAUUAAUUACACGAUCUGUCUUUACAACUGGUAUUGGUACUACUGCUGCUGGACUUACAGCAGGUGCUGUCAGAGAUUCGGAUGGUUGGCACUUAGAAGCUGGAGCUUUGGUCCUUGCAGAUGGAGGUGUAUGUUGCGUGGACGAGUUCACGACAAUGAGUUCACAUGAUAGAACCUCUGUGCAUGAAGCAAUGGAACAACAAACCAUCUCCAUAGCUAAAGCCGGCAUGCUGACCACUUUAAACAGCCGUUGCUCUGUCAUUGCAGCGAUUAAUCCAGAUGGUGGAUGUUUUACUGGUGAAGAAUGGAAAACCUGUUUAGGAAAUCCUCUUUUAUCGCGUUUCGAUUUGAUCCUCCUUCUGAAAGAUACUAGAAAUCCCGAAUGGGACAGAAUGACAUCGAGUCAUAUUUUGAAAGCUGCUUGUGAAGAUGAAGAAAAUAACUCAUAUUCUGAAACAUAUAUGGGUCCUUUGAACUUAACAGGUUUGUGGAUGGAAGAGACUCUCUGUGAAUAUUUCGCGCACGUACGUACAUGGAAACCAGUGUUAACCGAAGAGGCAAAAAAAAUACUUAGUGCAACUUAUCUUUAUCACAGAUCAGAUCCACAUAGAAGGCCUGAAAGAACAACAGUACGACUUUUAGAUAGCCUUAUCAGAUUAGCAGAGGGCCAUGCAAAACUUAUGUAUCGAACUAAAGUAGAAAUUAUUGAUGCUAUAACUGCAGCAGAAUUGAUUGGAACCACCAUGUUAAAUUCUGAUGUUGGUUGUCCAUUUCCUACAGAUCCAAUUGCAACAUAUUAUUCCAAAGCAAAAGACUUACUUAAAAGACUUGAAUUACAAGAAUUAGAAUCAUGUAUAUAAAUAUCAAUUGCUAAUGAAAUAUUUUUAUAACAAAUAUCUAUUAAUCUUUUAAAACAAAUACAAGAAGUUUUUAUUCAAUGGGUCUACAAAUAGUUCUGUUAAAUGAGCUGAUCGACAUAAGUAGAUCUUGUGAUAGAUUUUAUAAAAAUAUGCACAUACUGUGAUUUUACAUAGAAAUCUACAUUUAAUAUUUUUAAUAAUUAUUUGUAAACGAUUA